GUGGUUAUUUUUACUAGCCACACCCACAAUAUGUUAAGAUGGUUGAAAGACAUAUUGAGGCCAUUAGGGAGGUCGCAUGUGGAACUGAAAGGAACUGAUCUUAAUGGAAACCGAUACUUUGAAAAAAUAACGCCAAGUGGUAGAGUGAGGCGAUCCGUUGAAUCGUCUGUAAGUAAUCACAAGCAUUUUAAGUAUACCCAGGACUCUAUACCACCGGAAUGGGAUAGAUGGCUGCGUGGCCUCACAGACACACCUCCAACAGUCAAAGAUCAAUUGAGACGUCUAGCAGAGAUAGAGCUAAUGAAGAAAAAAGUUAAAGAACUUGAAACAGCUAAAGAUGAUGUAGCUGGCGCUUUGGAACAAGGAACAGAAAGUGAUGGUCAUGCAUCUUCACGUUCUUUUAGAGGACCAGCUGAAACUUCUGAUGUUCCGUUGAGAAGUGGAAAAGACUUUACACCAUCAUCAUGGAAACCAAACGACUGAAUUUGUGUAUAAUAAUAAUGAUUGUGUUUCUGCAUUGAGUGAUAUUAUAGGAUUCUUGUAACAUGCUAUUUCACAAUAGCACAAUAGUAAAAAUAAUUAUUAUUAUAAUUAAAAAACUCUAAAACUUAUUAAAUUAAGAAUUUCCUAGCAAAA